GAUGAAAAAUGUUCAGGGACUUGAAAUCUAUGAGUGUGCGCUAUUUGGUGCAGAUCCAAAUCAAAAUCUGGAUCUAGUGAAUUUAACGGUGGUUUCAUAGGGGGACUGUCUGGGCCUUGGUGGAGGUUCCUUGGGAAGAAAUUAACUCAGUACAUUUAAACAAUUCUGCAACUGAAUACAAUUUUGAAGUACCUGUGUACAUUUGAUAUAGGUGUACAUCAAGUAAUUCAAUUUUAAAGUAUUUUAUAUUUCCAUUCUACAACAUUUCAGAGGCAAACACUGCAGUUGUUCUUACUUCAGUUCACUUGUUUGAAAGAUAUAAUGACAAGUGACAGAACAGACAAAGACCAACUCAUGAUGAUCCCAGUGAUAUUGUAGUUUAUAAAAGCAAUGUAGGAGGCGUUCAGCUGCCACUAGAGGGCGACACAGGAGGAGAGGAAAGCUUGAAAUCCGCGAAGAAGAAAGGGUUUACACGUGUUUCAGGAGCCCUCACGGAUUUAUCUGCUAUUACUGUCAACUUCGUGUUUGUGGAUCUUCAAACGGAGCAAAAAUGCCGAAGGUGAAAGCGGAGAAGAAAAGCAGGCAGCACCAGGAAGUCAAGAACCAAGGGAUCAUGUUCAACACCGGCAUCGGCCAGCACAUCCUGAAGAAUCCCCUGGUUGUCAAUAGUAUCAUUGAAAAGGCUGCUCUCAGGCCGACAGACGUGGUUCUGGAGGUGGGACCCGGUACCGGAAACAUGACGGUGAAACUGCUGGAGAAGGCUAAGAAGAUUUCAUCACCGUUUGUCUUCAAGCUCCUGCUUCACCGACCUUUCUUCAGGUGUGCCGUGUUGAUGUUCCAGAGAGAGUUUGCCAUGCGGCUGGUCGCCACACCGGGAGACAAGCUGUACUGCCGCCUGUCCAUCAACACACAGCUCCUGGCUCGUGUCGACCACCUCAUGAAGGUGGGGAAGAAUAAUUUCCGUCCUCCUCCAAAAGUGGAGUCAAGUGUCGUCAGGAUAGAACCGAAAAAUCCCCCCCCUCCAGUUAACUUCCAGGAGUGGGACGGCCUGGUCAGAAUAGCUUUCGUGAGGAAAAACAAAACACUCAGUGCAGCUUUCAAGUCAACUGCUGUGGAACAGCUGCUGGAAAAGAACUACAGAAUUCACUGCUCUGUGCACAAUGUGGAAGUGCCCACAGACUUCAGCAUCGCCAAGAAGAUUGAGAGCGUGUUGCAGGAGGUAGAUUUCAGUGAGAAGAGAGCCCGGUCCAUGGAUAUCGAUGACUUCAUGGUACUGCUGCACGCCUUCAACUCCGCAGGAAUCCACUUUUCUUAA